GAGUUGUCGCAUAACUGCUUCCGGGUUGAUGGACGACCUUGAGCCCUCAAAAGCGAGAUGGCGGUUCUCCUGAGGCUCGGUGUCCUCUGCGGUGCUCAGGGAGGCCGAGCUCUGUUCCUCCGAACCCCAUUGGUCAGACCUGCUCACAUCUCAGCAUUUCUCCAGGACCGACCUACCCCAGGAUGGACUGCAACACAGCACAUUCACCUGUCACCAAACCGCCAUUCUGGUUCCAAGGCUGCAUCUCUUCACUGGACUAGUGAGAGGGUUGUCAGUGUUUUGCUCCUGGGCCUGCUUCCAGCUGCAUAUUUGAAUCCUUGCUCUGCAAUGGACUACUCCUUGGCUGCAGUCCUCACUCUUCAUAGUCACUGGGGCCUUGGACAAAUUGUCACUGAUUAUGUUCAUGGGGAUGCAUCACAGAAAGCUGCCAAGGCAGGCCUUUUGGCACUCUCAGCUUUAACCUUUGCUGGGCUUUGUUAUUUCAACUAUCAUGACGUGGGCAUCUGCAAAGCUGUUGCCAUGCUGUGGAAGCUUUGACCGUUUUGACUUGAGAAUUGAUUGUAUGCCUCUGCCUCUGCUCUGUCAUUCAUCUCACAAUAAGGAGGAAAUAACAGAAAGUUCAUUGGUGGGCAAACCUUCUUCUAAUCACGUGGUUAUUUUAGAAUUUAAUUGUUGAGGAAGAGGUUUGAGAGGAAAUGUAUUCAAGAAAUUAUGAGAACCAGUUCUGCAUUCUAGUGAGUUAAUGGGGUUGUCUUCAAGUUCAUGAGAUUCACAGUAUGACUAAACUUUACAUAUGAGCUUUUGCUUUUGUCAGUCUCUUAAAGAGAAUUUAGCUUUAAUAUUAUCAGUAUAUGAUCAUUUCUGCAUUUGUCUUGGAAAUAAUGGACAAAGGGAAAGACUGUUAAUUCAUGACUUUGCAAAAAAUUAGAUGGUGUUUACUUUUGGAAACUUCUCCGUCUGUCCAGUUGAUACCAGCUACUGAUGGUUUUAUGUCCUAGGGAAACUUUAUAGGAGAUGCUAAAAUCUCAAAUUACAGAUUUCUGUAUCCUAGGAAGGAAAGAUUGGAAAGCUUCUGAAUAUAGAGAUGCUCAAGUUAGAGAAGAAGUCUUCCUUGUAGACACAUCAGAAUAUUACAAAUUCUAAACAGAUGUAAUUCUCCAAUGUGUUUUACUUGUCCUAAAAUAAUCUGUCCACAAAUAUAAAACUAAUAAAUUACUUGCCCACUGUGGGAAUUGGUAAUAAGAAAAUGUAUUCCAUGAAAAGAGAAAUUUUUUUUUAAAAUAAAAUGUUGUAUAAUAAAAAUGUAUUCUACUCUUUUAUGUA